CGCGAGUCCACAGGACAGUGAACCAUGCGAUACACUGGAUUAUUUAUAUCACUGCUUUCUUUUGUUUAUACAUGGGAGAAUCUCGAGGCAGCGAAUUCAGCUUUACCUCAUGUGAUGCGCUAUGAUGUGGUCCGACCUCAGGCACUGAAAGGGCGAGCCAGGAGGAGCGCCUCUUCUCUCAAGGUGAGAAUGGAGCUUUUAGGAAAAAAUUACACCCUCUCAUAUUAUACCAAAGAUGGGAUUUCAGAAACAGAGUCUUCAGACAAUAUUGAUCACUGCUACUAUCAGGGACACGUCCAUAAUUUUGAAGACUCUUCAGUCAGUGUUGGACUUUGCUCUGGCAUGGAAGGGUUUCUGAGGAUCAAAAAUCAAGUUUACUUGAUUGAGCCCCUAGAAGAGUCGUUGGAUGGUGACCAUGCUAUAUAUAAGCAAGAGCAUUUAAGGACCAAGCAAGGGGCCUUUGGAUACAUUAAUGACACAGUCUAUAACUUUGGUCCAAAGGCUAGUGGGCUGUAUAAAGGCAAAUAUAUGAAAAACACCGGAGGAGGACAGCAGGUUGUUGAGAUGGUUUUGGUUGUUGAUAAUACGGAGUACAAGAAGUUUGGAUGCUUUAAGAAGAUUGAAGAAAGAAUGUUGUUGGUCGCAAAUCACGUAGACAAGCUUUACCGGUCUUUAAACAUACGUGUCAGGUUGGUUGGACUUGAGAUUUGGUGUCAAAGAGACUUAAUUGAUGUCAGCAAUAUACCAAAUCUUACUCUGAAACGAUUUUUACAAUGGCGUCAGGACAGCCUGCUCAAGAGGAAGAAGCAUGACAAUGCCCAUUUUGUUACGGGUGUAGAUUUUGAAGGGUCAACGGUUGGGUUGGCUACAAUGCAUGCUAUGUGCUCUCUAUCCUCUGGUGCUGUGAAUGAGGACCAUAAUAAAAAUCCAAUUGCUGUGGCUUCUACAAUUACCCAUGAAAUGGGACAUAAUCUGGGCAUGUCACAUGACGAUUCAAGCUGUGGAUGCUCCUCAAACAAGGGCUGCGUUAUGUCAGACACCAUUGGGUAUGUUUACCCUGAUUCCUUCAGCACUUGCAGUCAGGCAGCUUUAAAGGCGUUUUUGCAGAACCAUGACACCAGAUGUCUACUAGAUGUGCCAAAUGAGAGUAAACUAUAUGGAGGUCCAGUUUGUGGAAAUGCUUUUGUUGAAAAAGGCGAGGAUUGUGACUGCGGAACUGUUGAGGAAUGUAACAAUCCCUGCUGCAAUGCCACCACCUGUCGACUGACCGAAGGUGCCGUUUGCGCACAUGGGGAGUGCUGCCACAAUUGCCAGUUGAAACAUUCAAGUAGCCUGUGCAGAAAGAGUGCUCACGACUGUGAUUUGGACGAGUACUGUACAGGAAUAUCAGCCUUUUGUCCAGAGGAUGAAUAUAAGAUGAAUGGAAUCCCUUGCAAUUAUAAUCAGGGCUACUGUUAUAAUGGACAAUGUCCAACACAUAAAGAACACUGCAAGACGCUGUGGGGAGCAGAUGCUAAAGUGGAUGCUGACACCUGCUUUGGUUAUAAUGUACGUGACGGAACCUCGAAGAGUGCUGAGCACAUGAUGUGUGGGAAAAUAUACUGUUAUGGUGGGAAUCCCUUCCCCAUAACCAACAAAAGAUUAACAGUCACUAUUGGUUCAAAAACAUGCAACAUGGCUGUGGAUGACUCGGCCACAGAUGACUUAGGGAUGGUUCCAGCAGGCACCAAAUGUGGCAUUAAUAAGGUGUGUUACCACAACCUUUGCCAAAACAUUAGUAUAUAUGGCAUUGAGAACUGCUCUGAUAAAUGCAACAAUCGUGGGGUGUGUAACCAUGAGAGGAAGUGUCACUGUGAUCCAGGAUGGGCACCACCCUAUUGUGAGGUUCAAUUCUCAGAAGUUGUAAAAUCGAGAAAGCAAUAUGUGAUCAUUGGUGGGAUUACAAAUUUAAGAAUAUGUUUAAAAUAUAGCUGCAAGCAGCGAUGUGUGGGCCCUCGCCACCAGCGCAUCCGCAACCCUGGUGCCAAGAGAAAAAUGGUGCCCAGGGGGCACAUGCAUUGACAGUAACCCUGUGGCAGUUUGGAUUGAAG